GUUCUUUGGAGCUGUUAAAGCGCCCGCGUCAGUGGCCCUGGCGUCGUCCAGCGGAAGAUGGCGGCGGAGGCGGUGACCUUGACCAUCAGCCGUUUUCUGGGCCGCAGCCUCAGGGCAGGCCGGGGCCUCCCUGUGGUUGCCAGGUGUUUUGGAGGGCAGAUCAAGCCCACAGGGGAAAAAAUUACGGGCUCCGGCCAGGUUUGUGAUGAAGAAAACUACAGGAGGAUUCACGUUGUUAGUCGUCAGAAACAGUUCUUCCUCUGGAGGUGGACAUACCCAAGUCAUUCUUCAAGCCAUAUUUCUGUUGCUGUGUAUAACGUUCUUCACUCUGCACAAUUUCACCGUCCAGGAGCCAUCACAGCUGCCAACGGCUGGCCGCCUCCGCCUCAGCUCUCUUUCUUCACCACCUCCUCCUCCGCCUCAGCCGAGACCCCCUCGUCAACCUCCCAGGUGCGUCAGAACUUCCACCAGGGCUCCGAGGCCGCCAUCAACAAGCAGAUCAACCUGGAGCUCUACGCCUCCUAUGUGUACCUGUCCAUGGCUUACUACUUCGACCGAGAUGACGUGGCGUUGAAGAACUUUAGCAAGUAUUUCCUACACCAGGCCCAGGAGGAGAGGAAGCAUGCUGAGAAGCUGAUGAAGUUUCAGAACCAACGAGGCGGCCGGAUCUUCUUUCAGGACAUCAAGAAACCGGACAGGGAUGACUGGGAGAGUGGCCUGAAGGCAAUGGAGUGCGCACUGAAUUUGGAAAAAAAUGUCAAUGAGUCCUUACUGGAAUUGCACAAGCUGGCAGGUGCCGAAAAAGACCCCCAUUUAUGUGAUUUCAUUGAAACCCAUUACCUGGAUGAACAGGUAAAGUCCAUCAAACAAAUAGGGGAGCACGUAACCAACCUGCGCAAAAUGGGGGCCCCCGAUUCUGGCAUCGCAGAAUAUCUUUUUGACAAGCACACCCUCGGAGACAGUGACAACGAGACCUAAGUCUUCACCUGGUCUCCACAACUGGGAACUGUGGGUGGGAGCCCUACUGUCUUUCAGCCUGUGCAUAUUAUUUUGGGUAUUUGAUCUUUUCAUAAAUCUGUACUCAAAUCUAACAUUUACAUCCAAUAAAGUAACUUGGAACUGA